AUGCCGUCCACCAUUGAAUCCACAGCCAUGUUCAAUUCACUCAAGACUAAAUCCACGAAAGCUCAUGCUACAGCCGGACGUUUCAAACCGGUUACACAAUCUAACUCACACAAUGUGACAUAUUCGGAUAAAUCCUAUGGCAAUUGUGCAUCCUGUGGCAAACGUCAUUCCAGAUUCACAUUUCGAUUUCGUUACGCUUUAUGUCAUAACUGUGGCAAAACUGGCCAUAUUCAGUCUGUUUGUCGCAGUACCAAAACGUGCCGUUUAAUUCAAGCCCGAGACUCAGAA